CAAGGAUAUAAACGCGUCUCUCGCUUCUUUGCCCUCAGCAAACUCAUGUUCGUUUUUUGGUAAAUAGUCUUACAAUAGGAAGACCUUCUCCAAAGAUCAGACGUGCAUACGUAUGUCUCUUACUCAAAAUUAAGGAUGUCGGGACGACUCCUUUUCUCGCAACACCAGCCAAAGUCUCCAGCGGGAGCGAAAAAACGGAAACGUGCGACAAAUGCCUGCUUGCGAUGCCGUUUGAAAAAACAGCGUUGUGAUGGUAUCAGUCAGCCAUGUGGCAAUUGCGCCAAGAGUAGUUCGGAAUGCGUGUUCCCGGACGAAAUCAUGGGCGAAAAGUUUCUAAGGCAACACAUCGCCAACCUCGAGGCCCGUGUGAAAGAACUGAUCUCUGCUCUCAAGGAAAUUGACCCCGGACACUCCGUACUCAAGACAACGGAAGCGGAGGUUUUGAGCGAACAAGACCUAGUAGAUGGAUUUGGCUUUCUUAGUUUGACCUCUGGAGCGGAGCCUCUAUAUGUGGGUGGAAGCUCGGGCGUUUCUUGGGGACGGAUUUUUUCUUCUGCCUUGUGCAAUCAAACAGGCGAAGCUCAUUUCUUUUCUGAAAGCCUGAUACCCCCGAAAACAUCGUUGGAUUCAUUGUGCUCUGAUGAAUCUCUAUCUAUCGCUCCAGCUGAUGUAGAAUCCGCAGUCUUCCAAACCAGCUUUUCAAUGCAAAUGAAGUCGGGUUUCGUCUUUCCUCCCCUUCCGCAAGAUGAGCGUUUAUCGGACGAACUUUUUGCCACCGUCUUCACCACAAUUCAAGCAAGACAUUGCUUCAUGAACUUUGUAGUCCUUAAGCAGUGGUACAGCGAAAGAGAUAGGUUUUGUGCCUCCGAAAAACCACUAGUAGCGGACGGACCGCGCACGGCGGCUUUUUUUCUUUGGUUAACCUAUGCUUUGGGUCUCAGAUUAUGGGAAAUGCGAGGAAGAGUGAUUCCAAAUUUGCCAACGCACGAACAUUACUUUCAAGCCGCUCUGCAAUACUACGAUCAUGUUUCUUCCAACACAACAACCAUUCAAGCCUUGCUCUUCCUAGCGAUGUAUUCAUUCCGUUCCACCCAAGGACUUUCAACUUGGCAUCUUACCGGUCUCGCAAUGAGAACUGCUUUGGAAUUGGGCUUGCACAGAAAGACGCCAAAGGCUCAACAGCUCAGUCCCUUUCACGAGGAGACAAAAAAGCGGAUAUGGUGGAGCGUCUAUGCCUUAGAGAGAACCAUAGCUUUUCAAUUAGGACGGCCAAUUGCCAUCCAAGAUGAUGAGAUAGAUAGUGAGCUCCCCCUUGAUAUCGAUUGUCAUGUCACCGAUGAUGAACAAAUUCUAGCGCGGCGUGUAGCAAUCGAUAAGAAGCUCUCGGAAACAGGCACUACUUUAGAAAAUAACCCAUAUCCUUUAGGCUGGACAACGAUGUCUCCAUCGUUACAUCACAUUCGCCUCAGACGGAUUUUAACAAAAAUAAAGGAGAAAGUGUAUCAUUCUCGAUUCUCCCAGGAAAAAGCAGAGCAGCGCUACGCUAGCGUCGACGCGCUCGCCUUAGAGCUCGAUCAAUGGCGCGCACUAAUCCCCGCCAAAAGUUCCAUCAACAAAAGUGCAGGGAAUUUGUUUGGCUUGGACUGGGAAACACAAAAUGAGUUCAAACCAGAAGUAGAGGGUGGCUGGGACUCGGGAGGGAUCCCAUUUUACACAGGCGAAUGGUUUGAGCUUCAAUAUCAUAAUGCACUUCAAUCCUUGCUGAUUCCAUGUGCAUUGACGGCUCCUCCCGGAAGUCCAUACUUACAUCGGGCCGCCCACGCCGCCAUGGCUGCCUGCGAACUACAAAGAAAGCGCUUGCGAGAAGACUAUAUGGCCCCACUAGCUGUUUAUUCUCUCCACAAGUUGUUCAUGUCAGGAGUGUUCAUGUUGUUUGCACUAGACAAGGACCGUAGUCUGUCUGUUGCAACAGAUGAUGUGCGUACGGAAUUGGGACCAGAGCACGAUGUGCGCACGGAAUUUGGACCAGAGCACGACAUCUCUGCUGGAAGACGGUCCUCUUCGUAUAAUGGAAUCUCGCCAAAGGUCUUUCUACCGGUGAAACACUGUCAGGAAGCGUUAUCAAUUUAUUCCAGUCAUUAUCCACAGGCAAAGCCAUACGCUCAAUGUUUUGAGAAUAUGUCAAACAUAUGGCUGAGGCGAUUUGAUGAAAGAGAUACGCGACGAGAGAUUACGGCACAGCAACAUCUGAGUCCGGAGACUUUGUCCAAAAACGUCUCAGAUAUGAAUCGUCCACUCUUUCAUCAAUCGUUUGAGAAUCAAUUCAAGCCGGCUUGCCCACCUACCCUCUGGAAAGACGACUUGAACCUUCCUGGGAGAAUACGCUCGAGUGUUGAAGGAUCCGCUUUACUGUGCUGCGACGCCAACUUACAGUUCCAGUCUGGAUCUCCGCGAUACCAUCUCCUGAGCUUGGGCCUUGUAGAACCAACUUGUGAACCGGCUCAACUUCUGAAAUCUGAAGAGGAACGCUAUCAAUCUCAAAAACCUUGGAUGCUGGGACACAUCGAGCGAGAAUGUCCCAAUGAUUUUGGGCAUAAUAAUACUUCUCAGCGGCCCGACCCGAAUUUUUCAAAUUCAGUUUCACCUUAUCUCAGUGAUCAUGAUAAUCACGCCCCUACGCUCACUGAUAGUGCCGGCUCUUUUCUACCAGGAAGUGCUUUGGGUGCUGAAAGUCAAUUGGUUUGCAAUUUUCAAGACCACCCAGCAAAACUUUCUGAGUAUUCUCCCCGAAAUGAUACGCUUGGUGAUCAAAACUUCAACAACAACUCUGGAAACUACAGCUCUAAUUCCGCCACAGAAUUUCAAAGACCUGAGCUUGAAAGAAGCUGCAGGAUUGGCUCUGGCGUAUCUCUUACGUUUGAUAAUAGUGAUUACUCUACAACCGUCACAGAGGAUAUGAACGAAAAUCUGAGAAAACAGUCCUUCAUGAGCCAACAAACGUUCUUUGGGCUAGAGAUGCAAUCCUCUGUUGAUUCGAAAAUCAAUGGUUGUCCGAGCCUUGUGGCCAACGAUCAAUCUCAAAAAAACGAAUUCUCCUCAAAUGCUUGGUUAGGGGAAGCUUUUGAAUUUGUGAGAAACCCAAACGACCUGUCUUUAAACGGCGGGGAUCAAUUAUCCAAUGUUAAUUUUGGUAAACGCGAUCCGACUGAGGCCCAGGGGAAAAGAGAUGACUUGUCUUCUUCCGUGGCUCUGGCGUUAGGUGAAGAUGUGACACAGAACGAGGCAUUUGUCCCCGCGCAUCCUGGGUUGUUGCUGGAGCCCACCGGGCAACAAGAUUUUCACAAUUGCAUCAAAACUAUGCUCGCUGGACAAGAAGAUUACAAAGAGCUGGCACACAAUCAGUACACCGAGCUUCCUGGAGACCUGUCGUCCAGUGACAAAAGAAAGUCUGGUGAAAUGAUGAUAACUGAGAGCAGAAGAUUAGGUGGGAGUAGUGAGUCUAAUGAUGCCUCAUUGUUUCAAGGUUCUUUUAGUGGUUACUGCCACAACCUAGGAUUAUAAAGAAUCAAGUAGAAAACAACCAAUUCUCUCAGUUUCUCAAUUCUUUCUUUUUUCAAUGAUGAAUUCAUGAUCUCACGUCACAGCAAAACAUUCUCAUAAAACCACGUUACAUUUUCCAUCUAUAAUAAUAAGCCAAAAAAAUGGGUUUAUGUCAUCUUUCCUCUUACUUGCAGAAACGAAUAAUAAAUUACAACUGAAAUCUGAAUAACACGUUAAUACUAAUAUGCAAAGGUCCAUUAAAAUGGUCACUUUUUCCUUUUCUCACUUCUUGAUUAUGAUCAUACAAAUAAUUAACUUCACCAUAGGAAUAUUUUUUAAACAGAAAAUAUAUAUAUGUAUACACAUUAAUCUAAAUGUCGCACCUUUCUAAUUCUUCUCACCAAAGCAAACAUCCAUGGAAGUUUUCCAGCUAGAUCUCUCUUUCUUUGCCUAAAUAAGCUGUUUUGACUGUUUAGAAAAGUGUUUGAAGCGCUUUUUAAGCAUUUAAAAAGGCAAACCAGUUUUGCUACUAUAAGGCACAUCAUUUGAA